UGCCCGAGGGAAGGCAGAACACAGGACAGCUGAGAACACCAGAGGACUGGCAGUUGGGAGCCUGAUGGAGGACAAGUAGGGCCUUGAGGACAGGUGCGUGACAGAAGCACAGGAAAAAAAAGAAAAAUGAAAUAAAAACACGAGUUCAUCAGUAAAGAGGUACCCUGGCAGCAUAAAUAUUAUGAUAAGCUAAAAACUGGAAUCAUCUGGAAAAAUAAAUAAGACUCCUCAUGUCCUUUUCGGUCCAUAACCAGAAGGGCAGCAAAAGGCCUUUGCCACUGGAACCUCUUCUUUUUCUCCAAGUCCCACGUAGCAAUUACCUGCACUUUCAAGAAGACAAACAACGACUACACCUAAAGAAAUUCCUUCUUCAUAGGAUGUUUCUAGUGGCCAAGAUACAAGCAAAUGUAGAAAGAAAAGAUGUUGCUGACUACUAUGAACAAAUGUUUCAGUCAGUUUUGAAACAUCACCUAGGAGAAGCAGUGACAGGAUUGCUGCUCAUCUAUCCCACUUCCAUUCUGCAUAUCCUCGAGUCCUCCAGCGACACUCUCUACCAAGUUCUUUUAGAUUAUAUUGGCCAUGACAAAGAUGAAACAGUAUUUUUUAUUCAACAAAUGAAAAUUAUAGUCAUUUCUCAUAACAUUCCAAUGAGGCUUUUUAUGCAAUGGCAUGUUUCAGUGAUAAAAGUUCCAGAUAUGUAUCUCGAUGAUGUGACACAGUCACAGUCCCUAAAAGAGGUCAUCACAGAUUUUCUCACACAAACUCAUAAACUGUCACUCUACCUUUGCAAGACUAUGAAAGUAGGCACUAAAGGACCAGGCGAUAACUUACACCAAGUUGCACCUGACCUACUCCUCUCAGAAGAAAUCAUAAAGUACUUGUGCAAAUCCAAAGAAUUCAUGGACCCGGCAACAUUUAUAAACAUGUAUAAUAGACCCAUACACAUCACUCUGGAUUCUGAGGUGGUAUGGCCUGCUCCUUCACGUUUCUAGGAUUGAGAGGGAUAAUGUGCCCAUGUCUGUUAAGGAGUUUGUGCUACUUAAAUAAAAAAGAAAACAUUUUUAAAGUUACUGGUCUCUUUUAAAAGAGACAGAACAUUGCAAUAUACACAGAGGUAAUAUAUUAAUCUUUACAGAGUAUGUUGAGCUAAACUUUAAAAUGUAUCUAUUUGUUGUGGUAUUAAGUUCAAUACAUUAUUUUACUAGGUAGAUGGGUUUAAUAAGUUUAUCAUAAGCUCUCAAAUAUUAACAUCAUUUUCAUGAAUUGACACUUUUCAAAAAAAAGUAUGGCUGAAAAAAGACAAACGGAAUUCAGAUUAUCAUCCAAUCCCUCAAGAGUUAAUAAACAGUCACUACUACAUAGCAGAAGUACAGUGUUCUGAGGGUACAAAAUCGAGAAGAAAAAUCCCACCCUUGAGUUGCUUGCAACCUCAGGUUAGAGGCAAGUACAUGUAGAAGUAGUUAUGAUAUGACAUAUAAUGUAAUAUAAUAUAUCAUUAUAGUAGCAGUAUAUAGGAAGGGCUUUGAGAGCACAAGUAAAGGAAUAAUCACUGUAUAAUUCCUGCAUUCAGAAAACAAAAUCUAAUUAUUGAAAAUAUUUCCAAAGCUCACAUAUUCUGGCCUAUAUAAUCAAGAAUAUUGAGACCAUUAUAAAGCUACAGAAAACAAUAGCUAUUUGGAAUGAAAUGAAAAUACAUUAUCAGGUGGCAUUGUGCUACUCCAUGCAACAUCAUUUAUUGAACAUCCCUCUAUGUUACAAACAUUUGCCAGGCACUGAGGAAUAUGGCAGGGUACACAGAAAACAUUAUCUGCCCACUAUUAAAACUUACUUCUAAAUGAUUUUAUGUAAAAUAAACAAUCUGGUUAUUUUCUCAAUUCACUUUCUAGAAAGCAACUAAUUAUAUAUAAUUUCUAUGUGACCAAUUUCAAGUUGAUCCCUUCUUUUAUCCAGAUGAAUAUUUUUUGCAUUGUUUAAAAGUUUUUAGCUUGUUUAAACAAUUAAUUGACAUCAAUAUUUUGAAAACUGCAAUGAUAUUUGUCCCAAAUCACCUUAAUAUCUUAUGAAACCAACUUUGGAGUUAAUGGAGAAAAUACUUAUCAUUAUAGUUUUAUUUUUUAUUAUUUUUUUUCAUUUUUAGCUUCUUUGAGGACAAACCAAUCUCAGUGUGCACCUCAAUUUUUCAUUUGAAGAAAAUUUUGUUCUGCAUAUGAAAAUACUGACCAAAUUGUAUGUAACAAACAAAAUUUAUAUAAUAAACAAAAAUGAUAUGCAUCGUUGUUACAUAACAGAAUCAAAUUUUAGGAAAGACCAUUCUAUUUUCCAAAUUUUGUAAUACUUCAUUAAUUAGAAUGGUAUUUUUCAGUUUUAACUGAAGUUUCAAGUUAGUAACAGAAAAAAAUGUUUAAGAUAAAAUGAAAAUUCUUCUAGCUAAGAAAGAGUAUAUAACUUUCAAAAUUUAUAUCAAUUUAGAAAAAAACACCUAAUAUUAAACAGCAUUAUGCUGUCUAUUCUUUGAACUGUGAAAAAGACACAGGGGCACGUCAAUAGUAAAUGAUUAGUGAUAAACUGACUGGAAACGUAAGUAAAUAUUUUCCCAGCAAAAAAGGAAUAGAGAAAACGUUCAACAAAGAUACAAUCCUUGGUCCAGGAUUAGAAUGAAUGUGAAAGUGGUUUGGGAGAGAAGACGAGCAUAUGUAAGAGAAUAACUGAUAAUAAAUGUUUAUUGGAUCAGAUAGAAUUCCUUUAGCAGGGUGAAUUUUGUUUGGGAAUAUUAUUUUCUAAAGUUAUCUAGUGAAUAGAAGUUUGAGUUUUGGAUAAAAAUUAUAUAUUUAUAAAUCAGAAAAUAUGGCAUAUUGUAUUUUCCAGAAAUGGUUACUGCAAUAUAUCCAAUCCCACAUGCCUUUCUUACAACAUGAGCUUGAUAUUCCUCCUAUUGUGUAGUGGCUUCUAACUCUCUCCCCUUGAAUGCAGGCAGACCUCUUCUGUGACUGCCUUAACCGAUAAAAUACAAAAGAAGUUAUUCCGUGUGAUCUCGAAGGCUAGGACAUAAAAAUGUGCACUUUGCCUUGCUCACUUGAAUGCUAGCUCCUGGAAUUCAAACACUAUUCUGUGAGCAAUCCAGCAAUUUCAGACAACAUCCCCAGCUAAGGUCGCAGCCAACAGCCCCUAUCAUCCACUAGACAUGUGAGUGAGUGAGACUUCAGGUGACCCCAGACCCCAGGCUUCCAGUAAACCUGGGAAGCCAGCUCAGUUGACAUUGUGUGGAGAAGAAAUGAGCUGUUUCCACUGAGUCCUGCCCAAAUCGGAGUUCUGUGAACAUUAGUGAUUAUUGUUUAUUUAACCACUAAGGUUUGGGUGAAUGAUUACGCAGCACUGUGGAAAAAUAAUACAUAUGUAAUGGGAAAAAUAAUAUAUAUGUAUAUAAGCUCUUUGUAUCACUUAUUAUUCAUUAAUUUAUGUACCAAAAUUUAUUGGAUAGCUACUGGUAAAAAUGUACUAGUAGGCCAAUCACUGUGCUAGUCACUGGAUGUACAAGUAGCAAUAAGAGGUAUAUUCAACACACUGCCUGGCAUAGAUUUUUUAUGGGUCUAUAAUACUUUUUGGUGUGAGAAUACCAAUAGAAACCUAAUUCACUAAGCCAAAAAGAGAAUUAUUAACAAUCUUAAUCAUUUUUGGAAGAAGUUAUAGAAUAUCUCUCAACGAUGAAAUUGCUGAUUUACUUAGCAUAUCGUAAUUUUAAAGAAUUCAUGAAGGCUCACUAUGAAAAUAACUGGAAAAUAAACACAGUGUGACUAGAAACAA